CGUUUUUCGAAAUUUUAAAGGUAAUUUUUUAUUUUAAAAACUUUCAAAUUUUCAACAAAAUAUGGUGUUUUAAAUAGAGUAUUGUUGACAUGAAAUAUUUAUAAUAACAAGUAGAGAAGGUUGUUAUGUCUUAAAGUCCUUCCUGGUGCAGAAUGGCAGAUGGUUUUAGUGCAAAUGUACAAGAAAGUUACAUCGGUGUUGGCUGCAACAGAAGUCCAUACAGCCUUGACUGGGGAUUGAACGGUUUGGUUGCAUUUGCAGCUUGUAAUUCUAUAGCUUUAUAUCUGCCUGAGGUAUGUGGUUACAGUUUAUGUAGAGGUAGAGUUUUCCAGAGGAAUUGUUCUUCAAAAACUAUUUGAAAAAUUUUGAUAACACUUUGACAUUUCAAUCGAAAGCCUGUCAUCAUCAAAAAAUUGAGAAAAUCGACAACUUGUUCCAGGUUGAUAUCAACAGGCGUGAACAAUGUUGUGCGGCCCACUAUAUGAACAGUAUUGUCAACAUGUUACAGCAUUGUUCAACUGUAACAACUUGGAACAACAUGGUUGACAACAUUGUUCACGCCUGUUGAUAUCAACUUGCAACAACCUGUGUGUUUAGCCAUGUAAUGAAGGACGUUCAUUCAAAGCAUCAACAUGUUUGCUCAAUGACGUCUAAAGGCUGAUUUAGACAACACAACUUUUGCGUAAAACUGUCGCAUACAACUUGCUUACAACUUGGGUUGUACUAGUAUGUUUUCAUAAGUGAGUUGUGAAGCAGGUUGCAUGCAACAGUUUUAGUGUUGUGUAGUGAAAUUUGGAUGAUUCCUGAGUUAAUAGUUACGUAUUUUAUGACCAUUUAAUGUCAUCCAAUUAGAUAUUAAGCUGAAAAUUGAGGUAAAAUUAUGAUGAGGCAACUUUAACAUUUCAACCUGAUUGUCAUAGGGUGAAGAAUGUGCAGGAAAGAUUAAAUGCUUGCUCAGUGCUCAUAAACAAAGAAUAAAUUGUGUCAAGUGGAUUGCCAAUAAAAACCGAGGUAUACAUCCAAACACAAACCAGUUUCUUUUCAGUGAGGUUCUGGGGCCGGUUGUAUAAAAAUUAAGCACUUUUUUAAUCACUAUUUUGUAGUUAAAUAGUGAUUAACUCUCAAAUACGCGCUUCUUAUUGGAUAACGUUUCCACUUAACUAUGAUUAACUUUAAUCAAUUUUUUAUACAACCGGCCCCAGGAAAACAGCGUACUUGGGUAUUGAGUUUUAGAUAUUAGGAAUCUAUUAAAUUGGUGCCCGAUGGAUUGAAAUUCUGUUGGCAAGCAAGUUACUUUAUACAGCGAAUUAAUAGUGUGCAAAGACUCGAAGUGCUUACAAAAUAUACACAUAUAUCGACACGGAGAAUAUAGAGUGUCUUCUGUGAUAAAUGAUAUGUUUGACGUCUGAUUCUGGGCACAUGCAUGCAUCGACCUCCAGGAGUCCUGAGGAAAUUCCCUGCGGUUUGAGUCACCACUUUCCUAGUGAUUCUUAUUACUCACUGUUCUUAAAUAUUGCAUGUAAAGGUCAAGAAAGUGAGUUAAUAUCUGGUGCAAUUGAUGGUGAGGCAAUAAUAUGGAAAUUAAUGGAAGAUAAGGUUUGUAGAAAAUGAAUAAAAUGUCUGGAUUUUUGAAAAGGAAUGCCAUGAUUCCAAUUAGAUCUUAUUUUGUUUGUCUUUUCUUCAUAAAAGUUGUUUCAAUGAACCACAUAUUUUGAUAACAGGAGAUCAAGAUAUGAUAUAUUCACAUUAAGACAAGUUUAUAUAUAAACCUUUCAACUUUGGAGUCUUGAAAUAGCAAUUGUGAUUUAAUCCAAGCAAGUUAGCCAACGCAUGUUCUAGUACUAUCAUACUGUAUGACUUGAACAGUUUUCUAAUGCUAGUGGUGUCAGCGUGAUUUACUGACUGGUCAUAGUGGUGCCAUUAUUGCUGUCUCAGGAAUAACUCUUGAUCAAGAUGGAAAUUCAAGAACAAUUGUUACCACUUCAUCUGCAGAUUCUACUGUCAGAAUAUGGAAUAGAAAUGGUGAUAAAGGUACUGCGAUUGUCACAUUGCAGUUUUUCAAUACAACUUGCUUCAUAUACUUGAUCUUAGUUGCGCAAUUUAAUUCUAGCGCAUGCAUACGGGUUAAUUUUUGCGCGUAGUUUAUUGUUGCGCGCAGUUUAUUAUUGCGCGCAGUUUAUUAUUGCGCGCAGUUUAUUGUUGUGCGCAGUUCAUUGUUGCGCGCAGUUUAUUGUUGCGCGCAGUUUAUUGUUGCGCGCAGUUUAUUAUUGCUCGCAGUUUAUUAAAUAAAUUGUGCGCAGUUUAUUGUUGCGCGCAGUUUAUUAUUGCGCGCAGUUUAUUGUUCGCAGUUUAUUAUUGCGCGCAGUUAGUUUUCACACGCAGUUUAUUCAGUUCUACGCGCACUGAGUUAAUUGUUGCGCGCAGUUUAGUUUUCGCACGCAGUUUAUUCAGUUUUGCGCGCACUGAGUUUAUUAUUGCGCACAGUUUAUUCUGAUGAAAAUGGUAUAAUUAUGAAAAACAAAACUUUAUACGUUUUCUAACAAACUUCAUUGGUUUAUUUACAAUUUUCCUUCCAUUUACAGAUGAUUUUGAGUUUGUCCAAAUGCUCAAUUUUGAUGGAGGAUUUGCUUUUUCAGUGGCCAUCUCAAACCUACCAGAAACGAAAGGUUCAAAGAAAUUCAUAGUUUUACUUUUGCGUUUGAUUAGUAAACCAUUGGAACCUAAAAACACUGUAACAAUAAACUUUUCUCUGCGUCAUUGUUUUUGCCAUUUAGUACCAAUUCUUGCGUGUGGUUGUGAAAAUUCAGCGGUUUACCUGUUUACUGAAAGAGAGUGCAAGGUUUGUUGUCUUUCAUUUGUAACGUUUUCUUAAAUGAGAAAAAGAUGCUGCCAUGUUUUAGAACUACCUGAUAGCGAUAUGUCGGUGUCUGAACUACCUGAAAAAAGACUAGAACACUUUUACUCCACAGCAGUGCUAAACUCCUGGCGAAAGGCUAUUGCUCCGUGGAAAUGUGUUCAGUAUUUUUCAUGUAGUUCAGAGACAAACCACCGGGCAGAUUGUUUGUUUAAUGUUUUUAAUAAAACAAAUAAAUUUGGCGAUUAUUUAGUUUGUUCUUUCUUUGAAACUACAUGGCCACGAAGACUGGAUACGCGACGUGAACUUCGCUCAUUUAGGUAAAUAAUGCGUUGUGUUUUACCGCAGUGAUAUUUAGGAAACAGGAGAUUAAUACAAACAUGUUUUAGUUACACACUCAGAUUCAGCACUGAGAUUCUGCAGCCUGCGCGCAGACUAUAUAAUGACAUACCGUAUUUACUCGUUUGAGCGCCGCGGCGCUCUUUAAAUUUUCAGAGCUUCAGAUGCGGUGCUCAUUCGGGGGCGGCGCUCUUUAAAAAAAAAUUUUAUUUGUGAAUUAUAACAAGAACUUUUAACAAUGAAAUAAACGUAUUAAAUGUUUUCGUCACUAAAUGUCUCCAUUUUGACGGUGGAAAGUUUUUACACUGUUUAGUGCGGCGCUCAUUCGGGAGCGGCGCUCUUUAAAAAUAUUUGAUCUCACUGAAAUGCGGCGCUUAUUCGGGGGCGGCGCUCAAUCGAGGGCGGCGCUAAAUCGAGUAAAUACGGUAUGUCAUUAUAUAGUCUGCGCGCAGGCUACAGAUGGUGGUCAACCCAUAGAGAUUAUAAAUAACACUAGAGGAGGCAUUGUAAUCUUAAUUCAGUAAAAAAAAGGGAACGCGACUAUUGGGGGGCAAAUUCAAGUCCCGGAUGUGUAUUCGUGUUCCCAUUGGUGGCGAGUUUCAAAUCAGCCAAUGAGAGCACGAUUUUAUAUCCGGGACUUGAAUUUGCCCCCCAUUAGCUGCGUUCCCAAUUUUUAAACUCGAUGCCUCCUCUAGUGUUAUUUAUAAUCUCUAUGGGUCAACCUGCAGUUAUCAGAGUGGGAAAAUAAUGUUUUGAGGAAAAGUAAAUACAAUUUCUGGCUCCUGUCAGUGUCGACAUUUCUGCAGUUGGCCACCAUCUGAUGCUGUCGCUUAACGCUUACUGAAAUCCACCAAUCACAUUUCCAGAUGAUGAUGACGUAAUGUUAGCGAGUUGUUCCCAGGAUAAUUUCAUCCGAGUGUGGCGUAUAACUAAAGUCACUGAUCUCGUAGACGAGUCUGGAGUGAUUGAUGAGAACAUGAAAAGUCUAGAGUUAACUUCAAAUAAGUUUUCUGUAAUAUCGGAAGGUGAGCGAUAAUAUUUGAGGAAAUUAAGUCCCAUUCACACUAUACGCUCAAUUUUGAUACCAUUUUUAUCCAUGUUCGGAUUUAUCCAUUUUUAUCCAUGUUCGUUUUGAUUUUUUCUUUGUGUGUGAAGAUGUGUCGUUGAAUUACUCGGCUGUCCUGGAAACGAUUUUAUCAGGACAUGAAGGAUGGAUUUAUAGUGUCUGUUGGCACCCUAGAAUCCGCCAAGGUAAAACAUUACUGCGUUUAGUUGCUUUAUAUUCUUUCCAUGGUUUGUUUUGCGUGUAGUAUUUAGUCGAAUGAUGAUUUUAACUUUCAGACAACAAGUUUCAUCAACCGUUAUGCUUAAUGUCGUCAUCCAUGGACAAGACAAUUGUGAUUUGGAGGUUUCAUAGCGAGGCUGGAGUGUGGAUGGAUGACGUAAGUAGCUUCAUAAAAAUAAACCUACAGGUUCACUCAAGACGUCCAAAAUGUUUCCUCUUUCUCACGAUGAUGAGAACCACGGUAAAUCUUCGUUGUAGGUGCGUGUUGGUGAGGUGGGAGGAAACACUCUGGGCUUUUAUGGUGGGGUAUUUAACCCGACCGGUGAGAAGAUCUUAGCUCAUAGCUACCAAGGCUCUUUGCACAUGUGGAGGAAAAGCGAGAGUUCAGUAAGUUUGAUAUAUGUGCUGUUCAUAUAGGUAAUGUUCUGUUCGUCUUACAAUGUUGUUUUGUUCAGGAGUCGUGUUCAUGGGAAUCAGUGUCGACUGUCAGUGGUCAUUUUGCUCCUGUUCAGGUUGGGUGAAGAUUUCUAACAAACGUUAAAAAUCAUACAGAAAUACUCUUGCUUUAAAAUAUAAAAGUGGAGAAUAUCUCGUGUGUCUAAUACUUGAUGUAAAUACUUGAUUCAGGAUAUUGCUUGGGAUCCGGAGGGUGGAGAAUUUCUGAUAUCCCUGAGUUCUGAUCAAACAACCAGGAUUCAUGCGCCGUGGAGAAGGUCUGGGUACAAGGUAGGUAGACACACGUGACGAGCCAGAUGACAUCCUCGGUCAGCCGUGAGGCCUUGGGACCGAGGAUGGCCAGAUGAUGAUGGUCAGCUUCAAAAUUGAUCACUACUACAUAGAAUGAAAAGAAUCAUUAUUUUCUCACUUUGGAAACUGCAGGUUGACCAUCAUCUGCUGCACGAUAGUGCUUAGUGAGACUCGCUAGUCCAGCGCGUUCAAUAUUAUUAUUUUUCUGCUAGACAACAUGGCAUGAGAUCGCUCGUCCCCAGGUCCACGGCUACAAUAUGCAAUGUCUGGCGAUGAUCUCAAGAUAUAGUUUCGCAUCUGGAGCAGAUGAAAAGGUAAACAUUGUACUGUUUUUCUCCCCAUUUUUUUCUUUGUACCAAAAAAUGAGGUGAUAAUGACACAGUGGUUAAUUUUGACUCUGCCAAAGCCAAAGGCGACAGGAAACAGGUUUCUUCCUGUAGUAACGCUAGACCGUAAAGAAAUGAACAAGCAGAGCAAUACUGAUAGAGAUAUCCACGCAGCAUAAAUGAAGUUAGUUCGAAUUUAAAAUAAUUUUAUUUUUAUUUUGUGAAGGUCAUUCGUUUGUUUGAAGCUCCCAGAAGUUUUGUGGACAUGUUUGCUUUCCUAUCUCAGAUUUCUGAUGAAAAUGUA